AAAUAUCCCUCUUACGACACCCGGGCUGCCCCGUGAUUACGCUCUAGAGGCUAUAAGAGAUGCCUUACUGUUUAUGUUAAUGACUCAAUAUUGGGAGUUCAGCUCUGCGUUCAUUCUUAUUAAACUUCUCAUUAUGCGGAUUCCGUUCCUGACGGCUUGCUCGCUGAUGGCAAGGUUGCAGAUGAAUUUAUUAACUCAUUUUCAUUCACAAAGAAGAUUACUUUAUACCAUGAGGUUUGUAAUUAAAGAGGCACGCCCUGAGCCACUGCGCCUCCCUUUAAUCUGAAACCUAUUUGCUCUUUGCAGCCUGGACACGACCCCGGGGUUGGCGAGGUCCCCUCCCCCAAACCACAAGUCCCGCCCAAACAUCCUGUUUGGAUGCCCGUCCGAGGUGGGGAAGGCCGGGCGUCCAUUACCCAGCAGAGAACGGAGACCCUUUCGUUCGAGCAGCCGUACUCUGAAGCAGCUGCCGCGCAUAAGAGAGACGGGGAGUGCCGGGAGUGUCGGGCGCUCAGGAAUGUCGGCGGAGAGAUGCUGUUUCAGCCCCCCAGACCUAAGCUGGGCCUGACGGACGUGCAGGACCUGUCGUCGGAGGACAUGGCGAAAAUCGGGUGCAUCGCUUUGAUCGAGCUCACGACCUUCUACGACUGCCUGGGCAUCGAGCUAAAGCAGAACCGCACGUUGAUUCGCCACAAGGCCGGUCGAGAAAGUGGAAUUUUCGGAGUUUCCCUUGUAACACUACUGGAAAAUGACCGAAAGAUUUUACCCGGUUCCAGGGUUCCACUUGUUUUCAGAAAGGUAAGACAAUUUAAGUCUAAAAAGUACAUUUCCCUUAUUAGGACACACUGCCUGCAGCAUGUUGUUGUCAAAUUCCAUAAAGAACAACAUUUACCAAAAGUGGCUCUCAGAGUUUGAGCUUGUUUGUGUGUUUGUAGUUAUUUAUUCUUGAAAUGUAUGAUCUCUGAUGUGGAACAUUAGCCAUUCUGAGUGAUUCAAUGCUGUGAUUUAGCUGUACACCAGGGUGUCCGGCAACGGGAAACAAGUCUCUGGUUGGGUGGGUAUUUUCAGGUCUUUCAGAGGGGUUGGCCAUCGCUGUCUCGAUGUACCUCACGUCACGGGUCAGUUCGUCAGACCUGAUGACAGCUAAUCUCGUCCUUCCUGGAGGAGACUUGUGAUUCAUGGUAUUCCUGUCUCCCAGAAAGGCUGAAACCCACAGAUACUAGCUACC